GUGACGGCGUGCGUGGCCGCCGCUCAGACGCGGAUAAGCUCCGGGGCCGUGCGGGGCGCCGUCGUGUGGCCCGCUGUUGCAAGUCGGCGUGUUUACCUUGCGCGCGGCCGGCCUGCGCCCACCGCGUUGUGCUCCGCAAGAGCGCGCUUGCCGGCGCCGCUGCACCACGUUACGCAAAUUCGGGGCAGGCUGUGCGCUUCCAGGAGAAGUUUGCGUCACUCCCGGGAAACCGAGUGCGUCCAUUGCGCGUUGGAUGACCGAACAGCUCUUGGACGCGGACUGACCGCAUGCACUGGAUGUGAUACGGGCGCCGCAGGUGGAGGUCUGUCGUGUUGGUUGCCGCAGUUUUGAUUGCCAAGAUACGGGAUAUACCAAGGUCUAUAUGUACAGAUAUACCAGGAUAUAGGUAUGUCUGGUGCAGUCGCUCCUCUUAACGUCGACGACCGGAGACCUCGACUGCCGGAUCGGUGCCUCGUCUGCAUGAAUGAACCAGCCGUUCGAGGAGAUAUGUAGGAUAGACGUACUAUAUUUGGAUUGCCAGAGUGUCGACGCAGCCAUUCUCGACGAGAUAAUUUUGAACGUGUAAAUGUGCGGCCGACGUCUUCGACAUCAACUUUUCUAAAGAGCGCGACGUCUUAGCUGCCGGAUAGCUUUGUCGACGACGGAUUGAGUGCGCACGGUUGCACGCACCUGCACGGUAUUUCUCCUGUUUUUCUUAGUCACCCUUGACGAAGCGCUUGUGUUUAUCCUCGCCUGGUGUUUACCCACUGUUUAGCCCACUGCGAGCUUCUGGAUACGUGCUACCAAGAACGUAUACGGCCCUACCGCCGGCUUUCAGCCACGCCAUCCGAUACACAAACAUUGCGCUCCGGAGGAAACAUCAGCCGCAACGUUCCGUUAUAAACGUUCUUUCUUUCUAUUUUUUUUUUGGGGGGGGGAGGGGGUAGAUACUGUUUGCUGCGCACGUGACCAUGACGUUCACUCGCUCCGAGAGAACUUCAAUGGGCUGCAUCUCCGUUACGCGCCUUCCGAGAUAGGAUUACGCUGACGUGCCAUUCCUCUGCAAGCACGUUGCCCGCAGUGACCGCAAGGCCUCCCAGCGUGGUGGUGACCGCAAUGUGAGAGGACGAAAGGCGCGACCAUUCCUGUACACGGCUUCACGCUCUGCCCCACCGGAAACGGCGGCGAGACACCCUGAGCGAGCUCGCCGGAGGUUCAGAGUGGUGCCCAGGGUUCGCGCCAGCAUGAGCCUACACCAGGAAGUGACGACCACUCCUUCGCAUCGGUUCCGGUUCAUUUCGGGCCGGCUCAUCCGGAAACGACCUAACCACCACAGCCGGAAGCUGCUUGAAAAGCUCGAGAAGCUCGUUUCGCAGGUGGAGCCAGACGACAGCCCGUACACCGGCCUGCUCAUCAGCCCGACGUUGCAGAAUAACUCCGAUGAAACGUUCGACGUGAAGCUCAAGAUAUUUGCGGAGGAUCUUCACAAGCCGGUGUCGUUCACGUGUCCCGCCGCUACUCGGGUCGGCUACCUGGUGGAUAGCCUUAAACCUUUCCUGGGAGACUCGAAGGGCUCGUUCGUCUUUAAGGUGACAGGCCUGGACGAGUACCUCUCCAACGAAACUGUUCUUAGUGACUACGAAUACAUCUGCGCCUGUCGUCGACUAGGAAAAACAGCAUGGCUGACGUUGAUAAGCCUGGACUCCGUGCAACGACCAUGGACACUGGUGACUUGUGAAGAGUGCGACUUGGACGUCGGCGGCGGCGGCGAGUCGUCUUCCGGCACCUGCAUCGGCUAUGAAGACGUCAGGGAACGAGUUAUCAAUUUCGAGAACGCGGCAGAACGCUUGAUCGCCGGCGCCGAGAAAUCGCCGACGUCCGCGUCGGGGAAUGGGGGCGUGGACCUCCUGGCUUCUGCUGACGAGGUCAGGAGGGCGGUGGUGGAUCUGUGCGUGCUGGUGGGAGAGACGGAAACCGCAGACGUGCACAGGUCGACAAUGAACCUAAUAAACUUCUUGCGUGAGAUCGUGUUCGAUAACAGAGACGCGGUGGACGCCACGAGAAAGACGUUCCUCGUCAGCCGCUUCGUCGAGGACAUCGAAAUGGCGCUGGCGAGGUUCCUAGACAUGCACUCGGAAAGACGUCUCGUCGAGUUCGCGGUAGAUUUCCUCGACGAUAGGUUGUACCGCAGGACUUACGACUACGCGGUCGACAGCAACGAGCUGUUCGGACCCCGCAUAGAAAUGGCGACGCAGCUCCAAAAUUGGUGGCUCAACGAGUACGACACGUUCACAGUAGACUGUGCGCUCACGUACGGCGAACGCCUGCUCAGUCACCAGACGACGCGCAAGGUGUGCGUGACCCAAAAGUUAUUCCAGUGCGUAAACUUCGACGAGCUGGUGGUGUUUAAGACCGCGACAAUCCGAUCGCUGCCCCGCGAGACGAAACUGUACAUGACUCUAAUAGGCCACCGAGAAGGCGUGGGCCAGGUGCUCGGAUGGACCGCACUGAACGUCUUCGCUGACAGGGAACACUUCAACGGCGGCGAGUUCCUCCUGGGCCUGUGGUCGUCCGAGACGGUGUCACCGCGCGGACCAGCCUGCGCUAGCGAGCGGGACAAAGGUUACCUGCACGUCACUUUGCCCUACGUCAGAAACCCGGCUGCGCUUUCAAAAUCCAUAUCGCGCGAACCUCAAGAAGCAAUAAAGAAACCCUUCCACAGUCUCAGUGCGGACAUACAAAGGACUCUACUCGACCUUACGGUGAACGACGUCUCUCAGCCGCUGCCCCAAAGCGUUCGCGACAUGGUAUGGCACUACCGCCAUUACCUCUGUGACUUUCCGAGCCUGUUGCCGCACUUACUGCGACACCCUGCCUGUUGGAACGCAGCAAACAUCGACGAGACGUACAUGCUGGUGCGAGCUUGGUGUCCGCUCAGCCCCGAGGAGGCGCUCACGCUUCUCUCCGCAACGUUCCCCGACAGCCUGGUGCGCAAGUACGCCGUGCGCUCCCUGCAAAGUGUCGGCAGCGACGAACUGUCUCUGUACUUGGCUCAGCUGGUCGAGUCCCUGAGGUUCCAAACGUGGGACGAUUCCUUCUUGGCUGUCUUCCUGCUGCAAAGGGCGCGACAGAGUGUCCGGCUCGCCCACCAGCUAUUCUGGUGGCUCACGGGAAUGAUAAACGAGCCACUUAUGCGGAACAGGGCGCUAGUCAUGCGAAAGGCGCUAUUUUUUAUCGCCGGGGAGAAGGUCUCGGCCAGCUUACUCACGCAGGUCAUAAUCGACGACAUGCUAGCGGAGACGGCACGUAAUAUCAAGGACGCCAGCGACAGCCAGAAGGAGGAAGCCAUGCGCCGAGACUUGUCCAAACUGAACGAAUCCUUGAAGACUCUCAAGUUGCGGUUACCUCUGGAUCCCGCGAUAAGCGUCGAGUCAAUCGAUAUCGACACGUGUUGCAUAUUUCCCUCAAAGACCCUGCCCUUCAAGCUCGUCUUCAGGUCAUCUGAAGAGGCAGCAGAGAAGAUCGAGGUCAUCUACAAGGCGGGCGACGACCUACGUCAGGACAUGCUCAUGCUUAGCGUCAUCCGACUGAUGGACAAGCUGUGGCUGGAAAGCGGCAUGGAUAUGAAGAUGCUGACUUUUAAAUGCAUCGCGACGGGAGAAAAUCGUGGCUUUGUGGAGGCCGUCCGCGACGUUUCCACGCUCCGAGCCAUACAGACGGCACACUCCGGUGUUACAGGGGCCUUCAACAACCGCACCAUCACCGACUGGUUCUGGAAGCACAACCCGUCUCGCGCUCAGUACCAGGCGGCAGUAGACAACUUCAUCAAGUCGUGCGCUGGCUGCUGCGUGGCCACGUACGUGCUCGGUGUGGGCGACCGGCACAACGACAACAUCCUCCUCGCGACCUCUGGCCACAUGCUGCAUAUUGACUUCUCCAAGGUGCUGGGACGCGCCGAGACGCUGGGAGGAAUCAAGAGGGACCGAGCUCCGGUCGCGCUCACGCCGGACAUGGUGUACGUCAUACGCCGGAGCGCCGGCGAGGCCCACUUUGUGCGUCUCUGUUGCGAGGCCUACAACGUGAUUCGUCGAAACUCCAACCUCCUGCUGGCGCUCUUCAGCAUCAUGAAGUACUCGGGCAUGGUCGACGUCGACCGUGACGCGCUCGCCUACCUGCACCGGUCCAUGUCGCUCGACGCGACCGACGAACAGGCGGCGAGGCACUUCGAGAAGCGCAUCCGCGAGAGCGUCAUGACCCUGGCGACCAGCUUCAACUUCUUCAUCCACAACCUCGCCGUGCUCGGUGCGGCCACGCGAGGCGAGUGUGCACUGAAACUGUCCUUCAACCCGCGCGACUUCAGCGUCGCCGCUGAAGGGCGCAUCGUGCAGCUGCGCGUCGAAGGGAUCCGACUGCGCUACCACCCUGAGCGUUACUACGUGUACGUGGUCGCGGUGACGCGCGAGUUCCCGCCGACCCAGUCGGUGGUGCGCACCUACAAGCAGUUCCUCGAGCUGUACAGCAAGAUGAGCAAAAAGUUUCCGGAUUACGCCUUCUGCCCGCUCUCCCGGGGCACGGUGUUUAGCUCCGAGAGCGACGAGUCACUGGCGCUCCGGCGCAAGCGCUACAUCCAGGAAUUUCUCGACUCAGUCAUGGCGCUGCCGGACGAAGUGGCCCACUACAGGCUCAUGUACAGCUUCUUCCACCCACUACCGCGCGACCUGGAACUCAGAGACAAGGUGCCCAUCACAAUAGCUACGUGAGCGAGGUGCGCGCGUGCUUGUGUAAAACGCUAUGUAGUGAAUACCGUGAGGAGAAGUGAGGGGUAUAGGCCGCAGCUCCCUGCGCCUAACACCACAACGCAGAGUGUGUGGCUGCGCAAACACAAGGUUGGUGCAUACGUGUGUGCGGGAAUGUGUACGUCCGUUGUGAACUUGUAGAGUACAGUCAAAAGGGUAAGUAUAGUGUAAAGUAGCGGCAAGUGAACGCUGGAGUCAAGAGACUAUUCAGAUGUGCACGGCGCAAGCCAGAAAUGACCAACGGUAAUCUACGCUGCAAACGAGACCGGUUAAACGGCGGUCUCGUUCUUGGUUUUCACGCCGGUGCUAAAUGAGAGAAUUCAGCAAUGGAAGAAAAAACAUAAGACUGUGUAUAGUUGUUUGCUCUAGUCAGGUCUUACAGUUGUGCGGGAAAAAAAAGAAGAAUGUCGCAGUAAAAGAAAGUUUUGUUUACGCCA